AACACAUGUUCUCUUAUACAACAGAGCGCCCGGAAUGGGACGAAAUGACUUGAAAAUCGUUCAGUGAAGGAAGGUGGAAGUAUGGAAAGCCGUUUUCGUGGUAACCUCCCGCUGAUAAGGAACGGAACGAUGAGACGCCAGUUUGAAUUUUGACGGACGGCAUUUUUUUCUCUUUUUUUUGUUUUUAUCGAAGGAGAAAAAUGUCGGAUUUGUUCGGUUGGGAUUUGAUCUACGCCGUGUCCGAAAACGACAUACGCAAGAAGGAGGACGUACUCACCCUUGUCAUACACUACGUGCUUAUAAGGAACGGGUACAGAUGCAUCGGGCUGGGAGACUCGAGAGAGCUGACUGGGAACGAGCCGAGCUCGGAGGUCCUGCCGAAAGGAUGGAACGCAGGGUCGAGCUACUCGAUAAGAUACGUCCACGACAAUUCUCUCUACGUUCUCAGGGGUGUCCCUGUUGCUGAAAACAUCGUGUUCAAUCUUUUGAAAGGGAAUGACUUGAACGUAUCGAACGUGGCUUUCAAUGCACAGAAUACAGUCAAAAGCUUGAAAGGGCCUGUCACUUCGUUGCUAGAGGAUUAUAGACAGGUCAUAGACAAAGUUAGGACAGAGCUUCUUGAGCCGCACAAGGACACAUUAAACAACAAAGAAGCCACAACACAGACAAACAAACAGAGUACCAGUGUCGGCACAUCCCAGAGCACUCCAACUUUGCCCGCUCAUAUACCUACACCGAUUAAUCCUGGACGUAUCAUUGGACAGCCUGCAGUUGAUCCAUUUUGGGUCGACCCUGAGAGGGAUCCUUUAAGGGUCGGUCGUAGUGAUUUGGACCCAUUCAGCAGGGGGGGAGGCAUGAUUUUUAAUCCGUUGGACCCUCGUUCAGGUGGUUUUAUGGAUCCCGGUGCUGGCAUACCUGGAGGUCUUCCGAGGGGUGCUGUGCCUCCUGGUGCAAGGUUUGAUCCGUUUGGACCACCACGAGGUCGACCCGAUCAGAGGCCAAGGCCCCCACCAGAUGCAGAUCACUUUCAACCACCAGGAUUCGACGGAAUGUUCAUGUAAACAUUCACAACUUUCAUAUGACUUCUUUCAUCAUAACAAAUAAAUUUUUAAAAAUACCUGCUUUAUUAGUCUACUUGUUCAAUAUAGUUACUUAUUUUUUUGUCAAAUUUUA